GUCCAUUAUUGUGUAUAAGGCCAACUUAAUGCAAUACGCUAAUGUUACUUGACAUUAAGUUGUACAUAAAAGUCAUAAGAUAUUUUUUAGAAAUAUUUAUCGAUGCUAAGUGGAUAUAUUAUUACGAUCUGUCUACUAUGGCGUCUGCAAAACCAACUACAUGCAAAGAAGCCAUACGGCGAUGGGAGGAGGAGAAUGAGCAAACUGCAGCUACGGCUACAGAAGUAAUUUUAAGCUUUCAGUGGCCGCCUAUAGAAAAGAUGGAUAAUGCACUAGCAAGUUUGGUGAAUUGUGAGAAGCUUUCUUUAUCGACAAACAUGAUUGAAAAAAUUGCAGGCAUUGGAACUUUAAAAAAUUUAAGGAGUCUGUCAUUAGGUCGUAAUUUAAUUAAAAGCUUUGCCGGUCUUGAACCUUUAGGCGAUACUCUUGAAGAACUUUGGAUUUCCUAUAAUUGCAUCGAAAAGAUGAAGGGAAUUCAGGCGAUGAGAAAUCUUCAAAUACUUUAUAUGUCUAAUAAUUUGGUGCGAGAAUGGAACGAAUUUGCAAGGCUACAAGAACUUGCAAACCUUCGAGAUUUAGUUUUUGUCGGUAAUCCGUUAUAUGAAAACCUCGAGAUAGAACAAUGGAGACUCGAAGUUGCACGGCGUUUAACGAGUUUGGAGAAACUCGAUGGUGAUCCCAUAAUACGAACUGAAGAAAAUCCAAUCAUGAUUCAGUUAGCCAAGACUGACAGUUCAUCGAAUGAUUUGCUCGAUCAAAAUCCUGCUUAAUAUUUUAAAUAUUUUAUUUAUUUUAUAUAUUUAGCUUGCUUUAUUAUUUUUAUGACAAAGUAUAGAACAAGACAAGAAUAUGAUAUCUAUUAAAUCUAAAAUGACUCUUACAAAUUA